AUGUCGGACCCCAACCACGACAGCGAUGACAACGACGAUAUAAUAUGCGAUUCAGACAUCGAGAUGAGUCUCAGUACGGAAGAGGCGAAGCCGAGGUUCGCUCAGGAGUUUGUGUACAAAGUGCUGACCAUCGAUGAGAUACAGAAGCAAAUGCACGGUUGCAUCGAAGAGAUCAAAGCCGUCAUACAGUUGUCUUCGGCCACAAUCCGCACACUUCUCAAGCAUUUCAAAUGGGAUACACAGAAACUGUUGGAACGGCUGUUCGAUGGCAAUCAGGAACAGCUCUUCGCCGACAUUGGGAUCGUGUCCAACAGGACGGAGAGGACGACACCCAAUGGCAACGAAAGCAAAAGACGGUGCUAUGCGAAGAGCGUGUGUUUCAUCUGCUAUUCCGAUGACAUCAAACCCCACGACUUGUUUGGCUUAGACUGCGAUCACCUCUUUUGCGUCAAGUGUUGGACGCAAUACUUGACCACUAAAAUCAUGUCUGAGGGCGACGUGAUGGCCAUCACCUGUCCGGACACCGACUGCAAAGUGGUGGUCGACGAGGAGCAGGUGCUGCAACUGAUCACCGACGAGACGGUGAGAGCCAAAUACCAACGCUUGAACACCGACUCCUACGUGUCGUCCAAUCGGCUGCUGAGAUGGUGUCCCCGUCCGGACUGUUUGCACGCGUUUAGCGUUCAGACCAAAGAGUCGCAUCCCGUGGUGUGCGUCUGCGGUAAACAGAUCUGCUUCGGCUGUGGAGAAGACAAUCACGAGCCCAUCGGCUGUCAACUGCUGCGCGAGUGGAACGUGAAGUCCGCCGGAAGUAACGGCGAGAAGAUCGACGGAAAGACCGCCAAUUGGAUCAUCACUAACACCAAGGAGUGUCCCAAAUGCCGGACCACUAUCGAGAAGAACGGCGGAUGCAAUCACAUGACCUGUCGGUCCGUCAAAUGCAAGUACGAGUUCUGUUGGGUGUGUCUGGACGGGUGGUCAACGCAUGGCACCUCCUAUUAUAACUGCAAUAAGUAUAACGACAGCAAAGCCAAGGAUAGGAAAGACAGUGUCAGCGAAACGCGGAAGUGUUUGGAGAGAUUCAUGUUUUAUUGGACGCGAUUCAUGAACCAUAAGCAGAGUCUUCAGUUCGAGAAUGAGCUCAAGUCGACGGUCACGACGAAGAUGACACACAUGCAGGACAGGUAUCACAUGAGU